AUGUUCGCGUGGCGUCAGCGAUGCUCCUCGUUUGGGCAACAGGCCGCGGGCAGCGCACUGCGACGGCACCAUUGGGUGAGGCCGUGCCAUGCCAACAAAAACAGCAACACCAGCAGCGCAGCUUCGGCGUUGCUUACAGUCAGCAGGGCGUGCUGCUCGUUGAGCGACGGGCGCGGUUCGUCCUCAGAUGACGUAUUCGCCGCUGAUGGCUCUCGGAGUGACGAGCCGUCCACAUCGCCGCUGGCAUUCUGCGACGCCCCCUCGCCACGACGUGCGCAGUUGCAUGAUGACUCGAAGUCUGCAACGGAGCUCUUGUGCGCAGCGGGCCUCGUGCUGCGCGACGCUGCGGAGGCAGAGAUUAGGGCGGAGAUUGAGCGCGACAGUCGCGACGGUGUAGCGGCCAUCCCACCGCUGCCGCCGCUCGGCUGGAAGGUGCAGCAUCCUGUGGGGUCAAACUUCUUUGUCAUGACGUGCACGCUGCGUGGCGGCACGCGGUCUGCAGAGUUGAACACACGACGAUACCAAAGCGUGCAUGAUAUGUUCCUGCAGUCUGUGGGGGAGGACCGGCGGCGGCAACAGCAAAAGCGAGCGGGAGGCCACACGCGUGGCGGUGCGGCCAGCGGGUCCGCUCAGUCCAGCGAUGCCUCCAGCAGCAGGAUGGUGGUUGGAUACGAAGCAGGGGCUAGGCGUCGCCCAGUGCUGCACGCGAUGGAAACAACGCGUGACCAGCCAAGUGUAGAGAGAGCCGAUGUUCAGCUGCGUGUGUUUGCCCCAUUUCGCGUGUACGACCCCUCUUCACAUGACUCCUCUGUUAAUAUCUGUGAGUGGUCAGCUUUCGACGUGCUCGUGCGAAAAUCGGCAGUGGGCAGUACGAACAGUAAUGAGAGGAGGGGGCCAACCAACCCUCUCGAGUCGUUACCGCAUUUGGUUGAGGAGGACGGUCUCUGUAUGUUUCUUCGUCUAGCCAGCGUUAACAGUGAGAUGCGUGUUCGCUCCGUCCAGCUCCUCUCGCGGCGUGAGGCGCAGGCGCUGGAAGAACACGCAUGCUUUGGGCGGGGUGAGCCGACAUUUUUGGAGUUGAUGCGCUGUCGCCGUCAUGAACGCGCGUCGACGCGCCGUCUUCGGUCGGUGCGCCGCUAUGACGAUCCACUGACGCUCGUGCACAAAAUACAACACCCGAAGGCGUCACCAACGUUCUCGUCGUCAUCAAUGAGUACGGCCACAGGCAACGGAAUGUGUGACUCCGCGUACGAGUUUCUGGUUGACUGCUUCGACACCAGCGGGGAAUACAGCCGUGCGUUGUGCUUUGGUGGGCCGUGUGUGAGUGAGUUGUCGAAGGAGAUGCUGGAGGCCCUUCAGGAUUACCUUCAGGGCGACCUUGGGCUCUCGGCUGAGUUCUGUGAGUACGUGUGCCAGAUGCAGUUCUUCCUCGAACAGGAGGAAUACAUGGCGUGGUUGGGGCGGUUGCGGCACAUGGCAGCAGCUGUGUCGGGGGAGGGCACGGGUGGGACAAAAUAA